UCGGGAGCUAGCGCGCCGCCCGCCGCCGGCCCGCCGUGGAGGAAGCGGCAGAGGAAGGAGGGCGGGGAGCGGUGUGGCGGCGGCACUGCGGGCCAGCGGUGGUGGCCCGGCUACGGCUCCUGCUUCCGCUCUUCUCUUCUCUCCCGGCGGCGUUUGCGAGGCUGUCUGUCUGCCCGGCGCGGUCCAUGACCAGGGCCGCCCCUAGCGCUGUUGCUGCCGCCGCCGCCGCCCAGGGGGCUGCCGCGGCCGAGAGGCGGUGGUGGGGGCGGCGGCAGCGGCGGCGGCAGCAUCAGCCGUCCGAGGACGCGGCAGCGGCGUGGUCCGGGGUCCCGGGUCGGCGGGCGUAAGUCUAUGUCGGCGGCCGAGGAGGCGGCGGCGGCGGCGGCGGGGGACGAUGCGCGAGUACAAAGUGGUGGUGCUGGGCUCGGGCGGGGUGGGGAAAUCCGCCCUCACCGUACAGUUCGUGACCGGCACCUUCAUCGAGAAAUACGACCCCACCAUCGAGGACUUUUACCGCAAGGAGAUUGAGGUGGACUCGUCCCCCUCCGUGCUGGAGAUCCUGGACACGGCAGGCACCGAGCAGUUCGCUUCCAUGCGGGACCUAUACAUCAAGAACGGUCAGGGCUUCAUCCUUGUCUACAGCCUGGUCAAUCAGCAGAGCUUCCAGGACAUUAAGCCCAUGCGGGACCAGAUCAUCCGAGUCAAGCGGUAUGAGAAGGUACCAGUGAUCUUGGUUGGGAACAAAGUGGACCUGGAAAGUGAGAGAGAAGUUUCAUCAAAUGAGGGAAGAGCUUUGGCUGAAGAAUGGGGUUGUCCCUUUAUGGAGACAUCUGCUAAAAGUAAAACAAUGGUGGAUGAGCUCUUUGCCGAAAUUGUUAGACAAAUGAACUAUGCUGCUCAGCCAGACAAAGAUGAUCCAUGCUGUUCUGCGUGUAACAUACAAUAGCAUUUAAAAUAUGGACAUAUCCUGGACAUGGUUUACUCAACUUUUGUAGGUGGUAAAAUCCUGACUGCUUUACUACCCAAUUUGCAAGGAUGUGUGAAAUGAAUCUACAUGAAGUUACAGUACUUAUUCAGAGCUAAGCAGUGAUUGUCAAUCAGUGUCUCUGAAUACAUUUAGGUUCAGUAACGACAUUUUUACUACCAUCCUUGGUCUCCCUUAUGUACCUGCAACUAGCUGGCAUAGCUGGUUAAUCUACAGGGUGAUCUCAUUUGAAAGCUAUGUUGGCAUUGUCCCAGAAAAUAGCAACCAUUGCAUAAAUUAGAAAUAUCCUUGAGGGAGAAAUGAGAAGACCUGCAGUGAUCAUUCACAAUUGAAAUAUUUGUUCUAUUUUUGUUUUUGUUUCUUAAAGGGAGAAAUCAUACAUGAAUAUGGAAUUUUAGGACUUAUAGUGCUUCUGGCCAAGUUAACUCAGACAAGUAAAGCAGGAUCAACCAUACUACUGACAGCAUUACAGGGAGACAUUCUCUAACAAGGCUGGCAGAUUAUUUCAAAAUUUGUUUGCAAAAUCAAUGCUGUUAGUUGUAUAUUUUAUCCUAGUCUGUGACAUGGAACUCAUUGCAUCAGUCCUUGAAAACGAAGAGAUCUGAACAGGUUGUGGAAAAUGCAGUUUGGUUUUAUAAUGUGUUAAAUCAUCUGCUUUGCUACUGAAAAUGGAAGAUCUCUUCAGGUUUUGUUCAGACAAAAGAUAAGCAAACAUACCUCUGUUUACAAAGCAGGAAAUGUCUAUCACUUUACUGAACAUGGAGGAAGCAACUAUGAUGAAAAGAAAUUGCUUAGCCUUACUAACAAGGAGCAUUUUAGUAGAUUAACUAGUACCAUCUUGUAAGGAAAAUGAAGCCAUGUUGCAUCCAGAUGUUCCCAUUUGCAGAAACCUCAUGGGACAGUACAAACAUUCUGCAUUUUUAAGUUUGUUAAGACAACAAAUUCCUUUUUGCCUUUAAGGGCUAUGGUUUUUGGUGUGAUCCCAAGCUAACUUUCUUUCAAAAUCAAGUUUGCUAUUUCAGAGCUUUAAUGUUGACAUUUUAAAAAAUUGAAUGACCAUGUGAAACAAUUCUGGCUUAAAAGUAGGAUAUAAGUUAUAGGAUAAUGAGUAAGGGAUGAAAGACCUUUUAUCUCUAAUUUUCCUGAUGUACUAUACAACGAUUCUCCGGCAACAGUUUUGCCCUGAUUACUGAAGUGGCAAAUAGAGAGGGAGUGAAUAUUUUGUUUUGAAAAGGUGCUCAAGCUUUGACAUUUUUAGUUUUCAUAGCUGUGAAGUAUUUAUCAUUUGCAUGACUAAUGGCACAGAAAUACCUUUUCAGAGUUUUACAAUGAGAUGUAGAUGAUUUAUCAGUUUUAAGCUUCAGAGUUUUAAAUGCUGAAGAGACUAUCUUGUGUCAGACCUCAGUAGAUAAAUUUGGCCUUCAAAACUGCAAAAUCACUGAGCCUGUGGUCUACCUGCCACCCUGCAUUUUAUUGGUGUCACAAUCUCAUGCAGUAACUAUUAUCUUUUGUUAGGUAAUUGAGAGGAUGUGUGCUUGUAUGCGUGCAUAUGUAUGCUGGUUGCCUUCCUGAUCUGGCACAAGUUAAGAGACACUAGCCUCUUUUUUUUUUUCCAAACCCUUUCUGUCUUAGUAACCCUAAGAUAGAUGAUGGGCAAGGCUAAGCAAAUGGGGUUAAAUAACUUGCCACAGCUAGGUUGUGUCUGAGGCCAGAUUUAAACCCAAGUCUUCCUGACUUCAGGCAAGAGACACUAGUCUCUUUUGAAAAUUUACUUUAGAUUUGUCUCAAAGACUAUAUUAUUUUACUUCCUAAAUCAUUUUAGAAUGUUUUUGAAUAAAAAACUUCCAUUGUUAUAUAAUUAAUUUAUAGCAGAGUGUUCAGUGACUGGCAGAAAAUCUGCAGAUAAAAAAGAUCUGAUCAGACUAUUCCCAAUAGAUGCAUGUGUAAAAAUCAAUACCUAGUUCAUCAGUCUUUCUGAAUUUUUAGUCAUGAGUUACUUUCUUUCAUGUAGUUUCCAUCAUUCUCAGUUUUGAAGCACCUUGUUCAUAUAAAAUUUCAGCCCUUUAUACUAAACCCACUUUUAAGACCUGAGUGUCUGGGAGAAUUGAAGGUAUAAAUACUGGUCUCUUGCAGUAGAAAUAUCUGACAGAGAAUUUGAUUCCCGUACCUUUUCAAAAUUUCUAUAUUUUACAUAUUUCCAGAUUCAGAUAAUUGAAUAGCACUGAUAGUUUGGAAUGCAUUUAUGUAUACUUUGUAAAGAUUCUACGGUAUUAUACCAUGGAUUGCUAUGCAGACAAUAGAAAUGGGCAAAAAUAGCACGAGGGGUUUUGCAAAAUGUAGAGAGCAAAAGAUGAUCUAAAAUUUCAAUUGUGUAGUUGUUUUUUACAUAAAAAUUUUCAGAUGAGCCUUUUAAUGUGCACAUCUUAUUAAUCAGUGAUUGGCCACUUGGUCAUGCUUCAUCACAGUCCUAUGUGUUUAGUGACAAAGCAACACCUGUUGUCACAAAAAAAUAAUGUAAAUGCUAUUGUGCUCUCUGUCUUGUAGUUCUCAAAUUCUGAUGCUCUUUUGGCAUAUCAUCUGGUGAGAACAUACUUUGGCUUGAUUGAAUGAUAUUACAUUUGGUGAGAUGUUGGCAAAAAGUUUGAGAACAGGAAGAAGAAAGUUAAAGGGCCACGUGAAAGAAUUGGUGGCCACCUCUUUCUGCGAAGAUUAGUAACCUUGGCUCACUCUAUUUUGUACCCUGAUCAGACUAGCAAUUAUUGUCAGUGGAAAUUUUUCUAACAUGCCUUAAAAAUAUUAUGGUUUGAUCCAAAGACCCACUUUUACUUUAGCUGUUCUUGUAGAGUUUUGUACUUUUCUACAAAAGCAGCUUUUUUUUUGUUUGUUUUAUUGAUUUUUCCUUUUAAUGUUGCAAUUUUAAUUCUUGUAAGCUGUAAAAGUGAUGGUAACUGUUGCCUUUCAUUUUUGCUCAGCCUGUGCAAAACAAGCCAGCAUCUGAUCAAAAGUAUUCACAAAAGUCUUUCUUAAACAUUUGAAAGGUGCUUUGAUCACUUUAUCAUUUGGUUUGUACAAUUAGAAAUUAGCUUUUCCGACUAGUAGUACCACUGUUGCCAUCACUUAUCUAUGGGAAAACUACUGGUAUCUUCUCUCCGGUGUAAAGAAUGUUGCCUAAAGAUGUCUGCCAUUUGUUUUUCAAAGUAUGUACAUGAGAAUAUGUGUGCAUGUGUGUAUGUAUGUGGAUUUUUAUUAUUGUUGUUAUUAUUUUGUUCUGAUCAGUGUCCUGUCUUAACACUGGUUAGUCUUUAAUUGUGAACCUCCCCAACCAAUCACAUGUUAAAGAUGAUUGGAGUUUUUCUUUUCUGUUUAUCUGUGACAUUUGUGCAUAUGUUAAAUCUCGAUCAGGGUUUCAAGAGUGACUGCAGUGGGUUUUUGAAACAGACUUAACAUUAUUGAUUUGGGGUUUCCCAGAGAUUAAUUAAAUAUAGUUCACAGUUAAUUGUUGCGCUCUAAUACAACUGACCAUUUAAAAUUGAACAACAGUUUAUUGUUUUGUAACAAUGUCAGUUGUUAAAACUCGCUGUUUGGGAUAAAACAAGAAUUGUACAUAGAACUCAAUGCAAAUCCAACAGUUGUAUUUGGAGUUAAAUUAUUUUAACAAAUAAAUUUAUUUAAUGAAA